AUGAGACUAGUAGGUUUCGAAAUUUUUGGCCUUCAUAACAAACCUUCGCCGUCUAACGAGAAAGGGUGCGACUUAGAUAAACGCACAGGAUUUCUUGGACUAGACUUAUCGUUUUUUCUCGACUUCGCUCGACUUCACUCGACGAUUGUAAUCAGCCAGGAAGACAUCAAGAAGAAACUUUUGCGAGCAAUGAUCGCUACCCUGCUUUCGCUACUCAUUUUCCUGAUCCACCUGCCUUCGUGUGUACUAACAGAGAAGCCUGACUCAAGCUACAAGUUUUCAAAGGCUUUAAGAGAUGUAUCUGACGAAAAGCCGCGUCCCAUUAUCCAAAGCGAAAACAGUCCUUGGGACAUCAAGCGCGACAACAAAUAUGUUUUUUUGUCUAGGAUAGAAAAUGAUGAUAUGAUAAAGGAAAUAGAUAACAUUACACUGGCUGCGACGCCGCCACUGCUGAGGGAUGGUGAGGAUUUGAUUAUUUCUUGGAGCGGGGUGAAGCGACCGCAUCAGACAGAUUUCGUAGGUCUUAGUUGCGGCCCCAAGGCGCAUGAUAGGGACUUUUUGGUCGAGAUUGGCGUCGCGGAAGCUGAUGGACCGGGAGCUGAUACUAUGAAACCACUUAAAUCGAUACGCUUCCCAUCGCUUUUUAUGAUGCGCUGCAACUAUACAGUCGAGUAUUUUAAUUUCUUGCCAAAAGGUAACAUCUAUGUUCCUCUUGCCAGGCUGGAAAUUGGGAUGACCGAUGCUUUUACGGCCCCUAAGCAUGGACAUAUCGCUUUAACAAAAAACAUUGAUGAGAUGUCUGUAAUGUUUAACUCGGCCUCCCGAGAGACGCCUGUAGUCAAGUACGGAUUUGACCCUGCACAAUUAAACAUGCGUGAGGAGGGUUCGUCGAAGACAUACACGGCUGCUCAUUUGUGCCACCGUCCAGCCAACCUAACUUGCCAGCAGUGGUUUCGUGAUCCAGGCUAUAUGCAUACAGUCAUACUCAACGGUCUAAAGUUGAGCUCGCGAUACUAUUAUAAGUUUGGUAGUGACAAGGACGGCUGGAGCUCGAUUUAUUCUUUCAUGAGCCGCCCGGAUGAGGCUGUAAAAAGUGCCAAAUUUAUUGCGUACGCUGACAUGGGCGUAGACUCAGCUCCUGCAGCUACGUCCACUGCUGUAAGAUCGUUUCAGGAUGUGAUGGAUGGCUAUGAUAGCUUCCUUUUGCACUUUGGCGACAUAAGUUACGCCCGUGGUCACGCGCACAUAUGGGAUGAAUUUUUUCAUGUUAUUGAGCCAUAUGCUACGAGAGUCCCGUAUAUGGUUAGCAUUGGCAACCACGAAUAUGAUUACGUGACUGGCGGCGUAAAUGACCCUAGCGGAGCUACAGGUGACGAUGGCCGAAUGGCAUUUCACCCAGAGUGGGCAAAUUACGGUGAGGACUCGUCUGGUGAAUGCUCAGUACCGAUGUUUUACCGCUGGGAUGCUCCCGCUAAUGGCAACGGAAUUUAUUGGUACUCUUUUGACUAUGGUGGUAUUCACGUUAUCCAGAUUUCAACUGAGCACGAUUGGCGUCGUGGGUCAAAGCAAUACGUAUGGUUAGAAGAUGAUUUGAAGUACGUGAAUCGGGAGAAGACUCCGUGGGUCAUUCUCACGUCCCACCGAAUGAUGUACACUACACAAUUAGGCGAAGAAGCUGACUACAAAGUGGCUCAGCACUUUCGUGAUGAAGUGGAAGAUUUGCUUUGGACUUACAAAGUGAACUUGAUGUUAGUGGGACAUCAGCACUCAUACGAGCGUAGCUGUGCUGUGCGCAACGGAAAAUGCACCAAGGAUGACAAGGGACCCGUUCAUAUAGUGAUUGGAUCUGCUGGCGCCGGUUUGGAAGUGCAAAAUUUUUCAAGCAAACUUGGCGAAUGGAGUGUAAGCCACGUAAGGGAAUGGGGCUACCUUCGUAUCGAAUCGACGGAAGUCUCUUUGACUAUACAAUUCGUUCUGAAUCGCAAUGGUGUUGUGUACGAUCAAGUUAUCUUGCCUCCGUGGACGUAA